CCCGCGCGGCCCCAUUGGCUGGGAGCUCCUGGGGACGUACCAGGGGCGGGGCCUCAGCGGGCCCUCCCCGCGGACCACGCCCCCUCCCCAGUUUCUCCCGCAGUCGGAGCACAGCAGCUGGCGGAGCGGAGCCGGUCGCCAGGUCAGCCAUGUCAUCUGAACCUCCUCCACCACCACAGCCUCCCACCCACCAGGCUUCGGUCGGGCUACUGGACACCCAACGUGCCCGUGAUCGUUCACCAUCCCCUCUCCGGGGCAAUGUGGUCCCCAGCCCACUGCCCACCCGCCGGACGAGGACCUUCUCUGCGACGGUGAGGGCCUCACAGGGCCCUGUCUACAAAGGAGUCUGCAGAUGCUUCUGUCGAUCCAAGGGCCACGGCUUCAUCACCCCGGCUGAUGGCGGCCCUGAUAUCUUUCUGCACAUCUCCGAUGUGGAAGGCGAGUAUGUCCCAGUGGAAGGCGACGAGGUCACCUACAAGAUGUGCUCCAUCCCGCCCAAGAACGAGAAGCUACAGGCCGUGGAGGUGGUCAUCACCCACCUGGCGCCGGGCACCAAGCAUGAGACCUGGUCUGGCCACGUCGUCAGCUCCUAGGAGAGGCCAGCAGCACCCCUUCUCCUGGGUUUGAGGGAAACUCUGGGGGGAGGAGGAGGCAGGACCAGCCUGGAGAUGACAUUCUCCCACCAGAGAUACGAGACACCUCUCAGGGGGAGCAUGGUCCCUCUCGUGUCCUGGAGGGAGGAGUGGGGGCUGGCAGGGAUGCUCUCGGUCACCAGCCCAACAGCCUCACUACCUGCAAACUAUUAAAAGCAUUGACAAAGGGGUGGCCCCUGGCUGGUGGCUGAGUAGAGGGUCCAACUCCAGUCCAGGGGGUGGGUCAGGCGGUAUUCUCCAGCUCAGAGUCCCUUGUCCCCAUACCCCUGGAGUUGGAGGCUCAAAAUCCCACCGGGGGGCGGGGGGUGGUGGUGUGUGUGACAUGGACCGUGUGUGUGUCCUGGCAUGAAUUCCCACCCAGGAACCCCUUUCUUGGGUCUUUCCUUGGCCCUGGGCAGAGCAGGCUUUCCUGAUUCUUGGCUUGGUUGGUUCCAAGGAAGCUGGCUUCAGGGGGUAGGGGCUGGGGAGAGCAGGGGUCUUAGGUGCCGUUGCAGCUGUGCUCCGAGCUGAAUUCUAACCCUUAGAAGCCUGGUCUUUUCCGUCUGUUUUCAAGUCGAGUGAUCAUGGCUCAGCAGCCAUUUCCUAUCCCGUCAUUUAGGCAUUGCAGGGUAGUGUGGAAGAAGGGAGUAUGGAGAGGGGAGGGUGUUUGUUUAAAAACAGAUCUUUCUUCUGAUCCAUCCAGAAAAUAGUAGGUAGCUUGCUUCCUGACAGCCUGGUAAAGUUAAACGUUGAAGGAGAAAUGCACGUUUGGUGAACAGGUUUUCUUGAAAACAGGAGUGAAGAAAUGCUUAGGAUUUCUUUUUUUUAAAUAACUAAAGCUCUCACCCAGAGCCAGCUCUGUUUGUACCUUGCUGCCAACAUUGUGAACCUUUGUAGAUAAAUGCUUAGGAUUUUAUUUGCUGUGGUUUGGUUGGGCUUUACUUGUGAUUUAAAAAUAGAAAUAGCUGGGUAAUGUGUUUUGAAAUAUGUGGUUUAUAUGUAGAAUCCAUUCGUCAACGCGUGGAACCAAACCCUUUACAGCUGGCUUUUGGGCAGAGAAGGAUGUUCCAGACAAAAGACAGAGGGAAUUGGAUGCAGAGAACAGUACCAGCCUUAGCAGGUGUCUUCAUUCUGGGGACGAGUCUGUCUUUCAGCCUGGGCACUGCAUCUCAAUCUGGGGACGGCUUCAUUGGAAGCGGGUGGAAGGCUGGAACUAUUGUGCCGAUGACUGGUUUAAAACAGGCAAAUAAGUGUGUUGAUGAUGUGUGUGCAGUGAAGUGAGUUGAUCUGCUUUUUCAUGGCCUGUCUUACCCCGUGGAGGGUCUUCCACCUCCUGCUUCUGCCUUCUGUUGGGUCCAAGGUAGCCUUUCCCCCUCCGGCCUUGGAUGUUCACCAGGUGGCCCCUGAAGGCCUGCUGGGUACAGGCCACGCUUGCAGAGCCACUUCUGCCAAGAGCCUGCGUCUUCACUCUGCUUCUUCCAGGUGUGCUGACCUUGAAGCAAGGCCUGGCCUGGGUGUGACCCCACCAGGCUCUGCCCGCCAGCGGGUGGGGAGUUGGAUCUGCUGUUGAGAGGUGUGACCUCUGGGUCCUCUCACUAGGUAGAAUCCUUUGUAAGCGGCUUUUGCAGUCCUUCCUGGGUGCCCAUAUCUCCUUCAGUUGAUUAUUCCAGACCUGCAGGAUGUUAGAGCUGGAAAGGACACCCUCCUUACUCAGUUUACAGAAACUCCUUAAGCUCUGGGAGGACCUGUGGUGUUGGUGACCGAGCUGGGAGUAGCACCCAGGAUUCCUAAAUCUAGGUCUUUCCUCUCACUGAACACCUUCCGCUCAAUAAAGUUUGUUUUGUGCAAGGC